GAGGAAGCGGCCGGUGCCGCGGGGCAAGCCGCCCUACUCCUACAUCGCGCUCAUCGCCAUGGCCAUCGCGCAGGCGGCCGAGCGGCGCCUGACGCUGGGGGGCAUCUACCGCUUCAUCACGGAGCGCUUCCCCUUCUACCGCGACAACCCCAAGAAGUGGCAGAACAGCAUCCGCCACAACCUGACCCUCAACGACUGCUUCGUCAAGGUGCCGCGCGAGCCGGGCCAGCCGGGCAAGGGCAACUACUGGACGCUGGACCCGGCGGCCGAGGACAUGUUCGACAACGGCUCCUUCCUGCGCCGCCGCAAGCGCUUCAAGCGGGCCGACCUCAGCACCUACCCGGGCUACCUGCAGGGCGCCAGCGCCUUCGCCCCUGCACCGCCUCCCACUGUCUACCCUCCCGCCUACCCUGCACCGCUGCCCCCCGGCCCGCCGCCCCCACCGCCCCCGCCGCCGCCCCGCGGCUUCAGCAUCGACAGCCUCAUCAGUGCCCAGCAGGAGCUGGAGCUGGGCGCCGAGCCCUCCUGCUUCGCACCCUGCCCCUACUCGGCACCCCCGCCGCCCCUCUACGGCACCGCCGCAGCCCCCCGACGGCCCGAGCCGCCCCCCGACGCGCUGCUGGGCCAGUUUGCCACCACCGGCCCCUACCUGCGCCAGCCCAGCUUCGCCCCCGGCCUGGAGCGAUACCUGUGACCCGGGCGGGCCCAGCGGGCCGCGGUCCAGGGGCUGGGUGGCACAGGGAUGGAGCUGGACUGUUCUCCAGGAGGGACUCGGGGGAGGUUGCAUGUUACCAAAAACUUUUUCGCCAGGAGGGCAGUGAAAAAAGGAUGGAGCGGGACUGUUUUCUACUAGGGGGAGGUUGGAUGUUCAGGAAAACUUUCUCACCCUGUGGGCAAUGAAAAGGAUGGAGCUGGACUGUUUUCUCAGAGGGACUUGGGGAAGGCUGGAUGUUACGGAAAACUUUUUCGCCAGGAGGGUAGUAAAAAAGGAUGGAGCGGGACUGUUCUCCAAGAGGGACUGGGGGAGGUUGGAUGUUAAGGAAAACUUUCUAAUUAGGUGGGCAGUGAGAAAGGAUGGAGCUGGACUGUUCUCCAAGAGGGACUCGGGGGAGCUUGGAUGUUAAAGAAAACUUUCUCACUGGUGGGGUAGUGAAAAAGGAUGGAGCGGGACUGUUUUCCAGGGAGGGUUGGAUGUUAAGGAAACUUUCUAACUAGGUGGGCAGGGAAAAGGAUGGAGCUGGACUGUACUCCAGGAGGCACUCGGGGGAGGUUGGAUGUUAACGAACACUUCUUUUGCCAGGAGGGCAGUGAAAAAGGAUGGAGCGGGACUGUUUUCCAGGGGGAGGUUGGAUGUUAAGGAAACUUUCUCAACAGGAGGGUAGUGAAAAGGAUGGAGCUGGACUGUUCUCCAGGAGGGACUCAGGGAGGGUGAGGUUGGAUGUUAAGGAAAACUUUCUCACAAGGAGGCUAGGGAAGCACUGGACCAGGCUGCCCAGAGAGGUGGUGGCCUCUCCAUCCCGGGAGACUUGGAAGACCCACCUUGGUUGGGAUGAUGUGCUUGGGGAUGAUUUUGCUUGGAGCACGGGGUUGGACUUGAUGUGACCUCCUGAGGGCUCUUCCCACCCUUAUUUUCUAUGAUUCCCCUGGGGGUGAGAGGAGGAAGGCUUUCUCUGGGUGGCAAUCUCUUCUACUAGACCAGGUGUGGAGUGGGGGUGAUGCUAGACCAGCGUUGGCUGGGAGCUCUGUCGGUAACUACGUCGGAGCUUAUCCAACACCAUCACGACUAUGUUGGGGUUGGACUAGAUGUGACAUCCGGAGGUCCCUUCCAGCCCCACUUGCGAUUCAGUGAUACGUGGCUGGUCCAGUAAGAAUAUAUCACCCUUAGAAGUCCUUGCUUAUCUGCCUGGCUGCAGGCAGGGGGUUUCCUACCAGUCUCCCAGUGUCUGCACCUGCCUUGUAGAUCUGGCUGGACUUGCAAUAAUCAGUGCAGCACCCCUGGGUGUGCUAGUAUGUGAGUGGUAGGGUGGCCAUGGAGGGUCCAGAAAUGAUGUGAGAGACAAGGAUGUCUUGUGUGGAGGCAGGAUGUCUGUCUUGACUGGACCAACUAUUUAAAACUCGCAUGCCAAAGCUUGUCUAGCUUCACCCCCGCUACAGAGUUGGCCUAAUAACACCCUAAGACAUCCUUGCCUCUUUGCCUGGCUGCGGUGAGGGGGUUUCCUGCCAGUCUCUGAGUGCACUGCACCUGCCAUGCAGACCUGGCUGGAGCACACCCGACAGGGCUUGUAACAAAUAAUGCAGUACCCAUGGAUGUGGUCAUGUAUGAGGGAUAUAGCCACGAUUGACGCAGAGAUGAUGUGAGAGGCAAGGAUUUCUUAGGGUGAUUUCUUGUAUUGCCUCUAUUCCACCGCAUGUCCGUAGCUGGUCCAAUAACAGAGAUGGCUGUAAGAAAUCCUCACCCCGGAUAUAUGGCAUGUACACUGUUUGGUAGCAAACACUGUCCCACCACCUUGCAUCGGCGUCCUACCAUCUGCGUGGCAGUGCACCAUGCAUUUGAGAAGGCGUGAGAGUGCCCCUUUACUGCGUCGGCUCCCAGGCCGGAGGGCACUGUAGGAGGGGUGGGUACGCGUUGUAUAACGCACUGUGACACUAGCUUUGUAAAUAGCCCUGCACAAGGGAUUUCUCUUUUUCCCUGUUGGGUUGUAACCUGUACCCGGACAGAUAGUUACCAAAAAAAGAUUUUUUUUUAAUUGUUAUUAUUUAAGACUUAUCUUUGUCUUUCCUUGUGGGAAA